UGCCUCCUCCCAGCCCAUGGGAGCCACGGAGGAGCAGCCAGGGCCCCGCUCACAGGCUGGGGGUGCCGGCUGGGGAGGGGCAGAGUCUCCCCAGGCCCACGCCAGCUCCUUCCUCUCUCCCUUACAGCAGCUUGGGGACACGUGGAGGAGACACCACCACGCCAGUGCACACAGCCCAGACCUGCAUGUCCUGCACCAUCCUGGAUCUCCGAGGAGCCUGAGGAAACGGAGGACCCUGACGCUCCCUUCAUGCAACCUCCCAGCCAUGCUGCUGUGGGGGAUGCCUUCGUGGGGCCGUUGCCGUUGGCCUGCCUAAGGGAGACCUUUGUGCUUUGGGAGGAAGAUGGCGUGGCUCUCCCCAGCCCAGCCUGGCACCCCCCUAAGUCCCUACCAGGACAGGCAGAUGGGUGUCAGAGUCAGCCCAUGCCUGUGCCAGUGCUGGAGCCGGGCGUUGCCCAGCGUCUGGACUUCCACAUCUGGUGCCUGGAGCUGCAGCGCCAGCUGGGCCUCCCCAGCCCGGAUGCCAAGUCACUGCCCGUCUGAUCCCCCCAGUGCCGGUCCGGUGCCCCCGUCCCACGUACGCUGAGAGACGCCGGCUCUGGAAGAGCAUCUCCCGCACCCCUCGGGAUUCCCGCGCAGCCCUGCGGGUCUCACACCCGCUGCCCGCCCUGCCUGAGGAGGCGCCACAGUGUGAGGAGGCUGAGGCCAUAAAGACAGAGGAGCCUGGAUCCGACCCACGGGAUAAGGCCGCGCAGCCUCCAGGAUUGGACACCCAGGAGCCCUGUGUCUGCCUCCCCAAGCCCUUGCCCUGCCGGGCCCUGAGGGUCAUGAGCCUCCCUGAGGCUGCCCUGAGCCAGCCCACGCCCCAUGCUGACACCAGUCUGCAGCCUUCUUUCCAGCAGGGGAGCCCGGAGACACAGCCUCCACUGGCCCGCGGGUCCCAGGGGAUGGCUCCGUGUGGGAAAGAGACUCCCUCAGCCGCCCAGGGCCAUCCUCGGGCGAAGCCUUGCAGCACGGCUGAGCCAGAGAAGGGCCCAGAGCACCGCCACCCCCCCCCCCCGAACCCCUGCAGGCCACUGGGGUGCACCAGCCUGCAGUGGAAGCUGCACCUCCUGGCCCCAGAGCCUCCGGGCAAGCAGGAUCCUGCAGACACCACCGUGUUGCCAGGGGAAGCCAGCACCAAGGUCCCAGACCCAUCUGAGGAUGUUUGCGCUUCCCAGGAUGCGUCAGAGCGGCACCUCGUGGGGAAGCAGCUGCAGGAGGUGACUGAGGAGCCAGGCCCGGCCUCUUGCCAAAUGCCCUCAGGGGCAGAGACUGAUCCAGGAAAGAAGGACCUGUCCCACCCGUGGCGUACCUCCAAUGGAAGUACAACAAAUAGCAUCAGAUGCCUCCUUCCCACCCCGGUGAGAGGCCGCCAUGGAGGAAGGGAGCGGUGGAGCCUGGAACAGCCCAGGAAAGGCACCCAGCUGCCCCCUGCCUGGCACCCCAGAGGGCAGAGGGGGGCACCCAGCGGGCAGCCAGUGGCAACUGGGAGCCGAGAGCUGCAUCAGGCUGGUGGGCAGGCGCCUGACCUCCCCUACGUCUGUGGCCUGGAGGGAAAGCCAGCCCGUGCGGUCUGGCCAGGAGACUCUGGGCAGCUUGGUGCCAGCUGCAGCCUGAAGGAGCUUCAGGGGCUGCUCCGGAAGAUCACAAGGGUCAUGGCAAGAAGCCCCAAGGCCUCAACAAGCUCCAUGGCUGGUGCAGGAAGGGGCCUCCAGCAGCGCAGCCUUGAGACCAGCUGGGAACGGGAUCAACGGGUCUCCCAGCUGCCCCCAGGCUCCGAGAUAUCCCCGGGGACCGAUGUCCCGUUAUCCCAGACCUCCAUGCCUGCGUGGAGGCACCGACCAGCCUCAGUGCUGCCCCGCAAGCCAAUCCACAAGCCUGGUGGGGAAAGCGGGAUGGGACCCAGGCAGGGGAGACCCCCUGGCUCCAGCCAGCCCCAGCAGGGAAAAGCGACCCGUGCUAGCAGCUCGAGGGCUGUGGCAAGAGAAAGCCUCGUCGGCACCCCCGGAGACACCAACAGGCUCCCCAGGGAGAGGGGACGGGGUGCAGGGCCAGGCCCUCGGCCAUGGAAGGAGGGAGGGAGGGACCAAGAAGUGCCCUGUGGGGGCAGGCAGGCCCGCACCCAGGCCAGACCAUGUAGAGCCCCCUGACCGGGUGCAGCUCCUGGCCUCCAUCCUGACCUCCCUCCGCGCUCAUGACCUGCAGCUCCAGUUUGUUGCUGACCUGCUGAAGAAGCAGUGCCCCCAGGGUGUCAGUGCCAUUUCCCCCACCAGGCCCCUGUGCCAGCUGCCUUCUCCACCCAGCUGGAUGUCCAGGCUCCAGGCCAGGUCCACGCCCACAAGAUGAGCCUGAGCUACAGGCUAGAUGCCCCCGGCGGGCCAGCUCAGGAGGGGCCGCCCACAGGAGGCUCCCGGGGGACACGGAAGGGGGUGAUGGGUCAGGCGAAGGCAGGGACAUCUGAGCAGGGCCUGGACGAUACCACGAACGUCUGGCUCCGCACAUCCCAAGCCCCGGAUGGGGUCUGUCAAAUGAGUAGCAAGAAGCAGGGGAGGAAGCCAGGUGGCUCUUUGGGCCCUGGCGGCUGCCAGGGACCCCUUGAAGAGCCUCAGCGCUCAUCUCCAGGGGACCCCUUGGGUCCUUCCAAUCUGGACCAGAAGCCCCUGGAGAGAGGGAGCCAGAGGCAGGACAGGAGGCUGAGGAGAGCUUCCCACCAACGACCCCGAACUGUCUCUGUCAGCACCAGCACCACGCAUUUCCCCCCCCAGCAGAUGGACGGAGCCACUUCUCUCCUGGCCACCAAAGAAAAGAAACGCCAGAGCAGGACCCCAUCGGUGCCCAGAGAAAAGGUCCCUUUGUGCUGCCGCUUCCUGAGGUGCCUCCAGCGCACCUUCUCCAAGCCCUGCCUCACCACGAGGGCCCGGCUGUCCCGGGAUCCACGGAACAAGGUCCCCAACGUCAGGCUCACAAAGCCUCCCUUGCGCCAUCAGGCCUCCAAGGUGGCGCCCCACUGGCACCUCCCAGUCCCCACCUGCCUGCUGGGAGGGACACCCAGGAAUCCACCUUCUCCCUGGGCUCGGGCAGGUGCUCGCCCUCCUGGUCGUCUUCUUCUAGGGCACUGUUAUCUUUUCCCAUCUGCAUCACAAAUGGGCACCCACUGACUCCCCACAGUUGGCAUUGGGAAACGGUGGUAUACUUCCCAUCCCCCCCUGCAAUUCCACCAUCUCUAGGUCCUUCCCAUGGGAACAGCACUGAGAGAGAGUGCAUUUGGCAUCUGCCUUUCACCCUCUUCAACGUGGGGACAUCCUACAACACCUUCGUGGCUACGAGUUCCAGACCUCCAGCAUGACAGGGCUCCAGCACUGUGCCCUGACCUGUCGGCAGUGGAUUGAUAACGAUGUGUCGUGUCCUUCCAUAUAUUUCGGAUGUGAUAUUUUUCUCUGUCUCUCUUAGUAAAGGUGGUUCUUGAUGAA